AUGGCUUCUAUGUUGAUGGGUUCUGCUUUUCAAGAUGUUUCAUCGAAGAGUAUUUUUUUAAAAUUUAUGUUAUCUUUUGCAAGAUUUACCAAUUUCUAAUAUUAGUGUACCAAAAUUUAUAUUACUUUAUAUAAGUUUUGUUUUAGCUGCUGAUCUUGCCUGUGAUACUUUGGAGCUGUUCUUUGGAUCGCAAAUGCUAACUCAUCUUCACAAUCGAUUCGGUAAGCCUAAGUCAACCUUUUGAAUAUUUAUUUUUUACUUUAGGUAACAAAAGUCUUUCAACCUUCGAGGCGAGAGUUGUAAACGUUCCUGUGUGGAUUGGCGAGCUCUUAUACGGAUGUGUUUUGGAGCAACUAGAAGCUGUUAACUCAACAAACCUUAUUGAAAAGGAUUCUGAAGCUGUUUUGAAAGAGAUCGAGAUGAGUUUUGGUAACGAUGAAGGUAACAAGAUCGUUUCGGAAGUUGCCAAUAUUGCUGUUGAUCUUAACAUGAAUAUGGCACAACAGAAUGAGGUAGCGAGGUCUUCAGAAAAUGGUGACAUAGGAUUAGAAAUGGCAAAUCUUUUUGUCAAUACAAAAGUGGAAGAGAAGUUGAAGCCUAAACGGAAUCCGAAGCCACCUCCGGAUCUGACGCACAAAGAUGAGAAGUUGUGCAUGUUGGAACAGCUGCGAGAGAUAUUCCCGCAGUAUCCUGAGAAGAUUUUCAAACAGGUUCUGAACGAGAAAAAGUAAGUUUAGGUAGGAAAAGUAAGGUAUACCAAAUUAUAUUGCUUUUUUGCAAACUUUUAAUAAUAGAAUUGUGAUUAAUAGUGAUCAAGAACCUUCCUUUUAAAGUGUUAUCUGUAAAAUGUUUUGUUAUUGUUUUCUAUCUCAUUGAAAGAAAAGGAAUAAACAAAUGAAAUCUUAUUAGUAGAAGUGUUCUUUUUUACUAAGUCUGAAACAUUUUAUAACUAAUAUUAGCAGCUAUCGUAGCGAAUCAUAAUGUAAAUUUAGUUAUGUGUUCGAUGCUGCAGUCGCCGAGCUGGCCAAUGCGUCAACUGUCGGAGAGAAAGCUGCAGACAACUACAAACUACCACGGUCUCCGAGAAUCAUCCAUUCAAACAUUGCUACCACAGUUCAUCGGUCAUCUUCAAUGUCAAAUUUGAGCGUCGUUACCAAUUCGGUACGUUUAUAUAUGUUUUGUGAACAUAAUUUUGUAAAUUUUGAGCUUGCUAUAUAUUUAAGAAAUUUUGUUACUUAAAUAUUCGAUUAUUUGUGAUUUUUUAGACUUAAAAGGAAGGAUGCUCUAGCUUUUAAAGUUUUUAUUAAAUAAAGGUGUUUUCAGAGUACUAGUAGUACUAAUACCGCUAGUUCAAUUUCAUCUGGGAUCUCCUCGGCCGUAAUGACAGCUACAGAUUACUACGACAAAGCAGCGUAUUAUCGCCAGCUGGCUGCCAAAUUACCCAACAAAAACCAUCCAGCAUAUCCACAGUAUCUUCGUCUGGCUACAGAAUGCUCUCAGAACGCGAAGAAGCUACAGGAAGAGGAGGAAGACAACGCUGCUGUCGUUACCGAUGUCCUCGAUCUACAUGGCUUCGAAGUCGCUAGAGCUAUCAAGAUAUUGUCUAAAACGAUUGAGAGAAUCAGAGAGAAACGCCCGAUGCAACGCUACUUGGAGGUAAUCACAGGUAUUGGCAACAGAAAUGCCUUAAAGAAGGCUCCACUUAGAAAGGGCAUUCAACUGUGGUUGGAUCAAAAGAAAUACCGGUAAGUGUAACAAAAAAUUUUAAUUAGGAUGACUAUUGUAAGUUUAUUAGAAAGAAUUGUGUAAUUUUAGGUAUGAAAAGUUAUAAGAAUGAUUUUUUAGGUAUGAACAAGAAUUCUGGAACCAAGGCUCUUUUAAAGUGCACUUAAUUGACAUUACUUAA